AUGUCGAAAGUCGUGAGAAGCGUCAAAAAUGUCACCAAGGGAUACAGCAGCGUGCAGAUCAAGGUGCGCAAUGCGACUUCCAAUGAUCCAUGGGGCCCGACGGGCACAGAUAUGGCGGAAAUCGCAGCUCUGACGUUCAACAACCCCGGCGACUUUUACGAGAUCAUGGACAUGCUUGACAAGCGCCUGAAUGACAAGGGAAAGAACUGGCGACACGUGCUGAAGUCAUUGAAAGUCCUAGACUACUGCUUGCACGAAGGUUCGGAACUAGUGGUGACAUGGGCCCGGAAGAACAUCUACAUCAUCAAGACAUUGAGAGAGUUCCAAUACAUCGAUGAAGACGGCAAAGAUGUUGGACAGAACGUUCGUAUGUCGGCAAAAGAAUUGACAUCCCUCAUUCUGGACGAGGACCGUCUCAGGAGUGAACGCUCAGACCGCAAGCUGUGGAAAGCUCGUGUCAGUGGGAUCGAUGAAUAUGCUCCGCAGGCGAUCGCUGGCCCUGCUCAGAGACCGAGGCAGCGCGCUAGGAGCCGAGCGGACGACGAAUAUGAUCCCCAGAUGGAAACAGCCCUUAGAAUAAGCAAAGAAGAGGCGGAACAGGCCGCACGCAACAAAGCGCGACUGGCCAACUAUGAAAACGAUGAACAAGAUCCAGAAUUGAGAAAAGCAAUUCAACUAAGCAAGGAGGAGGCGGACCUCCGUGCGCGCCAGCUCGAGGAUCAAAAUGCCGCUUCGCUUUUUGACGAUACUCCUGCACCGGCGCAAAGUCAGCCAACUGGCUACAACCAGGGUUAUCAACAGCAACCAGCAGUGGAUUGGUUUGGCAACCCCCUUCAACAACAACCACAGAGUACCGGCUUCCUCAACAAUCAAUAUGCGCAACCACAACAAACAGGAUUUCAACCUGGCUUCACAGGUGGCUACCCCCCCCAGCAAACUGGAUACGAUCAAUUUGGCCAGCAGCCAUUCCUCCAACAGCAGAACACGCUUCAACCUCAACAGACUGCGUUCCAAACCAACAAUCCAUAUGGCGUGCAGACUGGGGGAGAAAUUUUCGGAGCGCAGUCGCCACAGCAGCCAGGUCUACAGCCAGGAACGAAUAAUCCAUUCGCCGCCCAGUCACCGCAACCUGUUGAGGCGCUCAAGCCGUUGCCGACCGGGUCGAACAAUCCUUUCGCCCACAGGACGCAGCAAUCCUCACCUUCACCAUUCGGCCGGACCACCACUCAGCCUGCGCUAGGAACGCUUUUCGAGUCGCAACCAACCACUCAAUUCAGCCAGCCGACGCAACCAAACCCAAUCCUCAAUUAUGCACCUCCACAGCCAUCCUUCCAGCAGCAGCAACCACCUCAGAAGCCAGUCAAUCCCCAGCACGCAAAGCUCAACGCAUUACUAGCUUCGGGUGAAGGACAAGAUACCUUUGGCAACACGGGUGACUUGCGUAUUCCUGCCCAACACACGGCUCCCGGUACUUUUGUCAAUUCGGCUGGACAGGGUCUUGAUCGGCUUCAUGCAGCGCAGACUGGCACAAACCCGUUCUUUUCAAGCCAGGCCACUGGCUUUGGUCAACCCCAAGGUGGUUAUGGUCAACAAGUUCCGGCUCAGACUGGACCCGCGGGUGUAUUUGGUGGCGGGUACGGGCAGCAAAACAACAACCCGUUUGGGGGGAGGCCAGUCGGGCAAACAAGUGGCAGUUUGAUUGACUUGUAG